UACAAAAAAAAAAUAUUCGCAAAACCAACUCAAUGCACAUAGUACAUACAUAAUUGUGAUUAUAUUAUAAAUACAUACACGAGUGAAAACGAAAUAUUUCAAGCGCAAUUUUCAAUUUGUAGCAUUUGCGAAUAUUUUAUGCACACAUUGCUUGCUAAGUAUUUAUGCAUAUAAAUAUUCUAAGCAAAUGGGCGCAAGUCUGCUAGUGUGUGUGUGUGUGUGAAUAUUUAAAUGCUGUUGAAAGGUUAAUUUCAUUAACACUGUCAUGAGAAAGCGUCAGUUAACGCUAUAACGGUUGUGCGCGUUGGAAUGCCGCCCUCCACCUGCUGUCCUCUCUAAUUGUGUUUGUCUGUAUUUGUGCAAAUAAAUUAAUUUAAAAAAUAAUCGCAUUAAUUGUUGCGUACUAAAAUCAACGUCCCAUUCCACCCAUAAAAACACACACACACACACAGCCAUACUAAUAGCAUGGAUAUCUUAACUCAAAUUCUGAAUAUGAACGCUGGUGGCGCGUAUGGCGGUGGUAAGGCGGGUGGCGCCUUUGAUCCCCUCACAUUCGCCAUGAAACCUCAAGUGGUGAUACGCGCACUUUGUUGGCUCUUUUCCAUCGUUGUCUUUGGCUGCAUUUCAUCGGAGGGUUGGCGCACCGACGAGAAUGGCAAGGAAGUGUGUCUGUACAAUGGCGAUGCCAUGGCGUGUAAAUAUGGCAAUACAAUUGGUGUAUUCGGUUUUCUGGCGUCGAUGGCCUUCAUCGCCGGUGAGUACCUGUUCGAGCGUAUGUCGUCGGUGAAGAGCAGGAAACGUUAUGUGAUGGCAGACAUGGGAUUCUCAGCUUUCUGGGCCUUCAUGUACUUCAUUGCGUUCGUGUACUUGUGGUCGCAAUGGUCAUCCGCGCCUAUGCCACCAGGCGGUGUGGGCUCUAGUAAUAUGGAAGCGGCAAUCUUUUUCUCAUUUUUCUCAAUUUUUGUGUGGGCACUUUGCGCUUUCCUCGCCUACAAACGUUUUCUGAUCGGCGCCGGUGAUGAAUUCACAUCCGCCUUUGAGACAGAUCCAGCGAACGUAGUGCAUCAGCAGGCAUACACAAGCUACUCCAUGGACAACGACAAUGAUCAAUACAGCACGUCACCGUUUAGUGGCCAACAACAGCAGCAAGGUAUGGAACAGCAAGGCAUGGAAUACCAACAGCCCACCUAUUAAAGACAGCAAGCUAAUAACACGUGUAUAACAUUAGCAUUAUAAUAGGCUAAGGGAAUAUGAGCCGCCGUGGCGUAUGUAACGUUAGCGCCAUUAUGGCUCAUGCAAUUGGAUAUUUGUGUGUUAAGUAUGCUUUAUGCUGUACAGAUUUAGCCGAACAAAUAACAGUUAAUUUUUAAACAAAAGAAUAUGAACCGUAAACACCGAUAGCAGACAUAUACAUACUUGAAUACAUACACAUAUGGAAAUAGUAAAAUUAAAUUAAAUAAAAAAUAAAAAAAUAUAUAUAUACAUACAAAAAUUUAUAAAAACCUAUACUAAACGAAAGACAAAAGUCGAACACUCACAAAAGCCACGAAUAACAAAUAAAACUGUAAAACUAUGCUCAUAACCAGAACUACGCACAUUCAGAGUUGAUUUUGGGCCGCAAGCGCCAUUGGUACUUCAAUAAAAUGCAAUCCUUGGAAAAUGAGACGUGCUUUUUUGAGGUGAGGUUUUGGAUUAACUCACUCAAAAUUUUAUUCAGUGUUGAAGUUCUAACGGAUUUUUCGGUCAUAUAAACAAACUGAAAUCGUUUGUGUAUAAUAAAAGAACGCUACAGUAACUACUCCGUUGUUUGAACGCAACUAAUUUCAAUAUUUUUUUCUUUCCCUGGACUUUUAGUUUGUAAUAAAGUUGAAAAUAUAUAGAAAAAUAUAAAAAUGAAAUUUAAAAUAGUUAUGAGUUCAAUGUAAAAAAGUUAAUAAUAAAAUUAUUUAAACUUUAUUAUGUACUUAAUUUUGGUAACAUUCGCUUAGGGGUUACAUCUAGUUAGGAGCUCUAAAAAUGAGGGUUUUCACAAUAUUUUCCUGAGAAAACUUCUAAAUUUAUUAUUGUAGUAUUUGUAUGGUAUUCUAUGGCUUGUUUUAGCUGUCAUACUGCUUCGUUCAGCUAGAAAAUGUUGCGGAACUAGACUUAAUGACGGACACCGAAGUUAGGGAAUAUUACGCUACCCAAAAAAGUCUUUAGUAUACCCAGCAACGUGGAUAUGCGCGUUAUGCUGCUGGAACCAUGAUAUGUCUUAGCAAACGUGAUAAGUUCACUGCCCCAUCAAUUCCAUAUAUAUUUUGCUUUCAUACGUCUUGGAACAAGGCAAAUGGGAGACUUCUCUUUGGCGUUAAGAGCGGCCCACAUCAUUAAAGAUCCACCGCCAUGUUUGCGCUUAUAGUAAGUAGGGUGAGGGUGCUGUAGAACCCAACAAUAUUUCUGAUCCAUCUAAAUUUAAUAUUUUCUCAUCACUAAAUAUCAAAUUUUGAAACUCUUCUUCUUAGAAUUUUUUCUAACGAAAAAAGGAUGUGUGUGUUUUUAUGGUGAUCUUAUAAGAUCGGGGUUUCUAAAAGAUUUCGUUUGGUUUUUCGAUGCCACAUUACUUCAGCAGUAUUUAUAUAAUUUAAAAAAACAUCUUUGUUCAUAUCUCAAUCUUGAUCUGUUCCUCAGAUAUAAUUCGGUUUCAAGCGGCAUUUUUAGCUCAAAUGAAAGUUAGUUGUUGCUAUUAUAUACAUAUAAUUAUUUUUCAAUUAUUGCUUACAUCCUUGUUAGUUGUUUUUAUAAUUCCAAUAGUCGAGAUGUUGACACCGCGACAGCCAAAAAACAAAUAAAUCGUUUUGCACAUAUACCUAUUUGCUAUGAAGCGACCCGAUUUGUAUAGUGGACUUAUACUAACGGUACUAUGAGCAAAGUGUUGUCGUCGAUUUUUUGUGCGGUAAACAGAAAUAAAGCAUUAAUAAACAUAACUACAUACUCAGAGUUAAGCGAUUGUCUUUUUCUUUUGAGAAUUUCAAAAAAAAUUUUACACAAAUAUCAAUUUUUUGAGGUAGUUAGGAGCCCUAAAAGAUAAGGUAUUUCAAAACAUUUUCCUAAAUUUAUUAUUCUAAGUAUUUGUACACAUAUUAUGCUAACUUUGCAGAGUAUUAAAUAAUUUUUGAUUUGUAAAAAUAACAUUUUUCGAAGCUGUUCCUGCAGAUUUCCAGAAAUCCCUCGCAAAAAAGGCGUUUUGCGUUGACCACUAUAUCUCUGAAGUGAAUCAUUUAAAAUGAUAAAACCAAACGGAUUUCGUAAAAGUAAUGUAGGAGUAUUUGAAGGAGUAUCCAAACCAAUUUUUUUACAAAAUGGCGGUUUCUAAAAAUAAACGAUUUUUGCCAUAAUUUUGGCCAUAAAUUGUGUAUAAAAACAAAUUGUUAUCGGUAAUAAAACAGAUUCGAUGAAGAACUAGAAAAUAUAAUUCCGAAACCUGUGUUUUUGAGAUUAAUCGAUUCAGCCAUUUCCGAGAAAUUUUCAUCAUCGACUUUCGAAACACAGUUUUGUGAAAAACAAUGUGUCCAAAGCAUUCCGAGAAGUUUCGAACUGCAAAACUAACCAUCGGAUUGACUUUUGAGGGAUUGACAUUUUAAGAGUGUUUACUUGAAUACAUGUACAUUACAAAAUUUGAAUAAAAAAAUCGAUUUUAUGAAAAUUCUGACUAGAUGUAACCUCUUAAGAGCGCGCAGAAAUCACCUAAAGUAGUUCGCAUCAACGAGUGGCUACUGUAUUUUGUACUAAACAAACCGUUUUGACCACGAAUGUACGUAACAUAAACAAUACAAAUAAACUAAAAAAAUAUAAAAUAACGAAAUACUUGUUAGUAAUUAUAUAACUGUAAUUACGUAAAUUUUAUAAGUGAAUUUUGUGUCGCAUUUAAAUAAUAAAUAAAUUUGCUGUGCAUCGUUGUAUGUUUGUAAAUGUAGAACGCGGCUAAGAGAGUUCAUGAGUUCAUUGUAUAAAUAUUUACUAUAUUUGCAAAAACAAAACAAAACAAAAACGUUGUAAAACGCUUGGCUUCAACUUUAGAAAUGUGCGCGUAAGUGUAUGCUUUGACUGGCACUACACUAAAACAAAAAAAAAAAAUAAAAAAUAAAAAAAAUAAAUUAAACAAAAAAUCGUUUUAAAGAAAGUGAAAAAGAAAAUAUUUGUUAAUAAAAAGUUAUAAAAAAUGUAGCAUUAAAGUACACUUAUUAAAACCAAUCACAAACUCAUACAUACAAACACAUAUGUAUUUUUGCAGCGACAAAUUGUUAGCUAAUCCCUAGCUGAUUUUGAACGCUUUGCGUGUAAACAAAGUAUUUAUACUGAUAAAUUAACUACAUACCUUUAUGUAUACAAAAUCUAAGAACUAGUAGAUAACGUGAGAAGAGGCGUAAACUCAAAAUUGACAUAUUUACAUACAUACAAACCUUAUUGCUGGUUAACAAGAAGAGUGGCAUAACUCAAAUAUACAAAAAAAAAAUCUUUUAAACAAGCUAUUAUGCUGGUUAACUGUACUAAGAAGAUAACAUAGCGGUUUAUUUUAUAUAACUAACUUAAAUUAUAUAUUUUACAACAACACACUGCGUUGUAGAAAACCGUUACAAUUUUGCAUGUUGCCUCCAUACGCUCACUUGUCUCACAUUGAACUCGCUAACUUCGUUAUUAGGUUAGGUUGUGUUAAUCUGGUAGGCUAAAAAGUCGCACAUAGACCAGUUUUGGUCCUUUGCGAUACCCGAUGGAAUGCCGUUGCGCUUGUUGCGAAUUUCAAAAGGCUUUGUGGCUUCACCAACGAAAUCUUUUCCAGAUUAAUGUAAUAUGUAGCCCCCAAAUGCUGAAGCCGUUGUCUUGAUAAUGCAGUACAUUCACAGAAGAGGUGCUACAUUGUUUCUCUGGUGCCUUGUACUUGACAUUUCCUGCAGUCUUCGUGAUCUAUCAGCCCCAUCUUGUAGGCGUGCGCCGCCACAAGACAGUGAACAGUAAGUAUACCGACCAUAUUCCUACAUUUUCUUCUAUCGUGCGCUAAUAGAAAUCUCGUGUACUUCUUAUCUACCGCCUUACACAUAACUUUUGCGGUUUUGCAUCCCGGUAUAUUUUUCCAGCGCGCUUUGAACUUUUUUACCAAGUUUCUGUCUAGAUCUUCAUAUAGACAUUGUAUAGAAUUGAAGUAGCCUAUUUCUGCCGACAUCAUCCACUGCUGACCUACGACUCAAGACACUUUUGGCCGAUAUGCUGAAGGAGGAUAUUGCCUUGAUUGCCGCCUGACUGCCUACGUAUAUAUUUCCUUUAGAGUAUCCUGUUGGUGCGCUUAAGGAUAGCUCGGCGGCUUUUCCAAUUGCAAAGACCUUGCCUUACACCUAACUCCGGACAGUAUAUCCACGCGCCUACUCCAUUCUCCAUUUUCAAGCCGUCCGUAAAUAUGUUUAAAUUGCUGCGUGCAGGUGCUAUGCCCUUACGCCAGCCAUCACUUUCUAAGUUUACUUUGAACCUUCUUUCUCAUUUGAAAAAUGGGGUCAGGUAAUCGAUGUCCGCCAAACUGCCAUUACUCACUGAGCUAUGCCCGAAGGUUCUAUACAUAAAUUCUCAUGCUGCCAUAAGGCGCCCCGCCGAUUUUUCCGCGCUGUUUUCAGCAAAGAAAUCUAUAGGCGGCAGGUUUAGUAUUAUUUCAAGAGCCGCCGAUGGGGUGGUUCUUAGUGCUCCCGUUAUGCAAAAAGCCGCAAGCCGCUGAUCUCUUUUUAUUGGCUUUUGAUACGUUGAUUUCCGUGCGCCUGUCCACCACACUAGAGUACCGUAAAGCAGAAUCGGUUUUACCACUGCUGUGUAGCACCAAUGCAUAAGAGAGAGAGAAAGCCCCCCCAGAUAGUACCAAGCAUCUUACUCUCUUCUCUACAUUGUACUUCCACAGCAGUUUGCUGUCCAAGACUACCCCCAGGUACUUGGUGCCGUUCUUGAGAGGGAGUUCUGUCCCAUUUAGCGAGGGGUGUCUCCAUGUGGGAAUUUUGUACUUUCUCGUAAAAACAAGCAAGUCAGUUUUCUCCGCAUUCAACCCGCAGUCUCAACGCCUAUUGACUCGAUACUGUUCAGAAUGGCUUCCGUUGACACGUUGUUAAAAGCUCCGGAGAUGUUCAGGAAGGCUUUUUCGACGCUGAAUACUAGUUGUUAUUGCUUUCAUAUGUAAUUUUUUUUAGAGUUGGCGAUGAGAAUAGUGGCGAAUCGAGGAUGCCCAGCAUUUAAAUUGUAAAUGAAUAAAUAAAUGUUUUAAUAUGUUUCUUAAUUUUGAGUUAUGACACUCUUCUGGUGCGCUAGCGUUAUAUAAAUACAUUUACAAAAUAAGAAUUGAAAAUUCACAGCUAAUAUCAUGAAUACAUACAUAUGUCGUAUAGCUAUACAAAAAAAACUUUAACUCAUUAUACACACAUCCAUAUAUAUAUAUAUACAUAAUAUAUAUAUAUAUAUAUAUAAUACAUACAUACAUAUAUAUUUAUGUAUAUAAAAAAUACAAUAACUUGAAAUGUAAAUGAACUUGAAACUACCAUAUUUCAUAAAAAUAAUAUAUCAAUUCAUUAUACAUAUAUGUAUUAAAUUAUCUGAUUUUGCAUAAAUUUGUUUUUAAUAAAGAAUUUUGUUGUUAAGCAUGAUUUAUGUCGAGUAUCAAUACUUAUUUGAACAAAUUAUAUUUAAGCAUUAAAUUACAUGUUAUUGUCGUACAUUAUAGCAAUACGGAGACUUACGAAUGACGUAAACGUAGUGUAACUUACGUUGAAUUCAAAAAUUCCAUUUCAAUUUUAAUUCAGGAAGUGAAUGUAGGCUGUCAGUCCUAUUUGAUUGAUAUUCCAAUAUCGUAACCAUUUCGAUACAGUUUUGUUCUUAAGACAUGCUAUUCGCAAUUUCAUAAAGUAGCAGACCUUUAAAAGUAUCGAUUCGAUUUUGUUUAAUACUAUAUUAUUUCUACAUUAUGUAAUGUGAUCUAUUAUUAAAUAAAAUAUUUUAAUUGUUUUUUUUUUUUUUAAUUUUAACUUAAUUAUUUAUGAAAACUUUGUUAUUUAAUUUUAAAUAAAAAGUAAAAAAUUUGAAUUUUAAAAUAUAUAAAUAAUUAAGCAAUUAUUAAAAUUUUAGUUAAUUUAAAAAAAUAUUAUGAAAAAUAUUAUUCUUGAAAGUAUUUUUCAGUGCCAUGACAUAAAUUGAAAUUUAUCAAUUUCUUACAUAUUUUUAUUUUAUAACAGCUUAGGGACCUUAUGGCGGUUAGAAUAGAAUGGAAAUGAUUCUCAUUAAUAUCAAAACAAGUAUUUUUCUUAAAGCAGUCGCACUUCGACAGGCUAUCGUAACCCAUCAGACGCAAUUCUGCAUUGAAAAACUGGCUAUAAACAAUUUCGUAAGCACUUUCGUUUGAUUGAUUCGGAUAACUAUAAAUGGAAGGAGAAGCUCAGCUAACAAAUUGGCAAUAUAUUAUUCCAAGAGCAUUACUAUUGAUCUUUUGAAAGAUCCCAAACUUUUUUCAAAUGUUUACAACAUACUUCUGUUUUUAUACUCUCGCAACAAAGUUGAUACAGAGAGUAUUAUAGUUUUGUUCACAUAACGGUUGUUUGUGUCACCCAGAAAUAAAAGAGUUAGAUAUGGAGUUAUGUAUAUAUAAAUGAUCAGGAUGACGAGUGGAGUUGAAAUCCGGAUGUCUGCUCGUCCGUCCGUCUGUCCGUGCAAGCGAUAACUUGAAUAAAAGUUGAGAUAUCUUAAUGAAACUUGGAAUACAUAUUCCUUAGCACUCUGAGGAGGUAUGGGCGAAAUCGAACCAUUGCCACGCCCACAAAAUGGCGUAAACCGAAAACAUAUAAAGAGCUAUUACUAAGCCAUAAAUUACUGAAGUAAAAUUUAUAUAUAUCGAAUAUGAGGACUUCUAACAAAUUCUUUUAACGAAAUUAUAGGUAAGUCUUUCAGAUAUAUUGAAGAAAUUCAGAGGAAAUAUUUUUCUUCUAAUAAUAUGUCUCCGUGCCAAAAUUAGUGAAAUCGGGUCAUAACUUCCCCUAUCUCCCAUAUACUUAAUAUUAGGGUUUUCAAACUUUCAAUAGACUUUAUAUCAUAUUGUUUGUUAUAAUAAUAAAAUUAAAUAAAUAAAUUGCGGAAGUAUAAAAUGUUCGGUGACAUCCGGGAGGGCUAUGUUACUUGUUAGUAUUUAAUUUUUAGCAGUCCUGGUAUUAAACUAUACUCUUAAAAUUCUUAAACUAUCUUCUUGCUUGUUGUCGGAGAAAGUCGAAACAAUUCGGAGAGUUCUCAUUCACCGUUGAAAUUUUCUUCUAAUAAUAUAUCUCUCUCUUCUAAUAAUAUAUAUCGCUAUGAACUUCUUAUUAAUAAAUAUUGCAUAGCCAAUGUUUCAAAACGUCUUCGCUCUCCAUUGUUAUAAACAUUGUACCUAUUCAUACAUACUAUUAUAUAUACCCAUGUACAUUUCUGUUACUUCAUAAAGCUAAAUAAUGACAAUUAGGCUAACUUUUAGUCCGAGAAAUAUUUUUUCCCCUACAGUUUAUUACGUUAUUGACAGCGCCGUAUAUUCUGGGAAAUGCUUUGACAACUAGAGUUGAUAUACAGAGAUAAAUAUGUACGAUUUAAAGAACUUAAAGUAGGUGUUGUUGUUAUAAUACCUAAAAAAAUUUACACAAACGCAAAUAUUAUUAAAAACAAAUUAUUUAGCAACUCACGGAAGGUGUUCUUUUAUCACUGAGUAUUCGUAUAAUAAAACUUUUAUCUUAAUUUUUUUUUAAAGCAUUUUAGACAAAUGAGUUUGUAUUGUCUUAAUCAUUUCCUAGAAUAUUGAUAAGUACUUCGUUCAACAUCUGUUUCUCAUAUAAGUUGUUUUCGGGAUACAUUUCCAUAUUCAGGUGUGUAAAAUAAAAAGAAUCAACAUACCUACACAAUAUGCCUGCUUUUUUGAAGAGCAAGACACAUUGAAAGCCUAAAUUUGCAAGUGUCGGACUUUAACACGAAUAUUACUCGUUCGUUUUAAAAAUUUUUGCGUGAAAGCUAAAAAGCUUUCAAAAAGCCGUGAAAGCUUAACGUUUUAUACUUACAAUCGCACGCACUAUAUUUGAGACAUUUAGAUAUUUUUUAGAAAGUAUUUGAAGGUUUGCGAGUGAAAGCUUUUACUAAAGGUUUUCAAAAAGCCGUGAAAGCUUAACGUUUUAUGCUUACAAUGGCACGCACUAAGAGCAUAUUUGAGACAUUUAGAUAUUUUUUAGAAAGUAUUUGAAGGUUUGCGCGUGAAAGCUUUCACUAAAGCUUGUCAAAAAGCCGUGAAAGCUUAACGUUUUUUUCUGCUAAUGGCACACAAAUAGAGCAUAAAUAUAAAGAUUCUCUAAACCAAAGAAAUUUGCAGCGCUUAGUUUUCUUAUUAUUAUUUCUUUCAAAACACAUUUCAAACAAUGUUUUCACACUAAACGUAGCUUAAAUUAUAUAUAUACAUACAUAUGUACAUACUUACAUAGCUAAGUGUGUAUAAUUACGAAUGUAGUUUCAUGUAUUUACAUACUUGUAGUAGAUGUGCGUUCCAACAUUAGAUCAAAUAUACAUAUAUACAUACA